UCAAGGACUGAAUCUUGGGUCCACCCCUUUUUGCUUACUGCCAUUCUGCUCUUUCCUCUUCACCCCCUCCUUUUUGUGAGAAACUACUGAACUUGGAAGAAAGGCUCCAUAUUUCCAUAGUCAUGGCACUCUUUUCUUCCCUCACCCCAGUCUUUAUAGCCAUUAUAUGUGUUUUGAUUGGGGUAAUACUAAAGAAAACUAAUGGAGAGAAAGAAAAACGUGACACUAAAAGCAAGCUUACAUCUCGCCCAUGGGUGGAUGAAGAUUUAAAAGAUGGUACUGACCAUCCCUUAGAGGAAGAAGAUGUUGAUGAAGAGUGGCAAGGACUUGAAGAAAAUGUUGCCCAUGUCCCCUUCACUGCAGAGCGCUACUCUGAGGCUGAAAUGAUUAAGAGGUCACAAGCAUUUUACGAGCUUCUAAAUAAGAGGCGAUCUGUCAGGUUUCUUAGUGAUGAGCCGGUUCCCAGGGAGGUUAUUGAUAAUGUCAUCAGAACAGCAGGUACCUCACCUAGUGGAGCACACACUGAGCCCUGGACCUUUGUGGUAGUGCAAGAUCCGUAUUUAAAACGUAAAAUCCGUGAAAUUGUAGAAGAAGAAGAGGAAAUCAACUACAAAAAAAGGAUGGGCGACAGAUGGGUUAAUGACCUGAAAAGACUGAGAACAAACUGGAUCAAAGAGUACUUGGACACUGCUCCAUAUCUGAUCCUCAUUUUCAAGCAAGUAUAUGGGCGGCUUCCAAAUGGCAAGAAAAAGACGCAUUACUACAAUGAAAUCAGUGUUUCUAUUGCUUGUGGUAUGCUGCUUGCUGCACUGCAGAAUGCAGGUCUGUACACUGUCACCUCCACACCCCUCAACUGUGGCCCCCAGCUCCGGGUGCUGCUCCAGCGCCCAGCAAAUGAGAAGCUACUCUUGUUGCUCCCUGUUGGCUAUCCCAAGAAAGAUGCUACUGUGCCUGCGCUGACCAGAAAGCCGCUGGAAGACAUCAUGGUGGUCAUGUGAGCCCAGUGCCAGGAGGAAGGAGUUCAUCCCUGCUGCCAGCUAGGAAGUAGCAGCCUGAUGAAGUUGUCAUUGCUGUUUCUUUGCAUCAUCUCCCUAUGUCACUGUCGCUCUGGCAGUUUACAUCUGUAUUUCUUUUAGUGCUACUAACAGCAGUGAGCAGUCAAGUGCUGUGCAUUUGACAGGUGCUGCUACUUAUGAGACCAGGCAGUUGGUCUAGGGGACAAUGGCAUUUAAGUGACCUUCAUCACUUAAUUUUUCUCAUGCAUUGCUUGGACAAAUCUUUCCUUGAACUGGGAUAUAUAUUCUCCUUAUACUUUUGUGAUUGUCAUUACACAGUUAUUUUAACUUAAGAAUUUUAAUGAAGAUUGUAUUAAAAGAUAUAAAGAGGUCAAACAGCUGUCU